CGCGCAUGCGCUGCACCACCAGCGCUCUGCCCGGAUCGUGCGGGGCCUGAGCCUCUCCGCCAGCGGAGGCUCCGCUCGCGCCAACUCGCUCCCUCCGCCAUGGCUGCUACGAUCGAGCGGGAGUUCGAGGAGUUGGAUGCUCAGUGUCGCUGGCAGCCGCUGUACUUGGAAAUUCGAAAUGAGUCCCAUGACUAUCCUCACAGAGUGGCCAAGUUUCCAGAAAACAGAAAUCGAAACAGAUACAGAGAUGUAAGCCCAUAUGAUCACAGUCGUGUUAAACUGCAAAAUACUGAAAAUGAUUAUAUUAAUGCCAGUUUAGUUGACAUAGAAGAGGCACAAAGGAGUUAUGUUUUAACACAGGGUCCACUUCCUAAUACAUGUUGCCACUUCUGGCUCAUGGUUUGGCAGCAAAAGACCAAAGCAGUUGUCAUGCUAAACCGAACUGUAGAGAAAGAAUCGGUUAAAUGUGCACAGUACUGGCCAACAGAUGACCGAGAGAUGCUGUUUAAAGAAACAGGAUUCAGUGUGAAGCUCUUGUCAGAAGAUGUGAAGUCAUAUUAUACAGUACAUCUACUACAAUUAGAAAAUAUCAAUAGCGGUGAAACCAGAACAAUAUCCCACUUUCAUUAUACCACCUGGCCAGAUUUUGGAGUUCCUGAAUCACCAGCUUCAUUUCUCAAUUUCUUGUUUAAAGUGAGAGAAUCUGGCUCCUUGAACCCUGACCAUGGGCCUGCGGUGAUCCACUGUAGUGCAGGCAUUGGGCGUUCUGGCACCUUCUCUCUGGUAGACACCUGUCUUGUUCUGAUGGAAAAAGGAGAUGAAAUUAAUGUUAAACAAGUGUUACUGAAUAUGAGGAAAUACCGAAUGGGACUUAUUCAGACUCCAGAUCAACUCAGAUUCUCAUAUAUGGCUAUAAUAGAAGGAGCAAAGUGUAUAAAGGGAGAUUCCAAUAUACAGAAACGGUGGAAAGAACUUUCUAAGGAAGAUUUAUCUCCUGCUUUUGAUCAUUCACCAAACAAAAUAAUGACUGAAAAAUACAAUGGGAACCGAAUAGGUCUAGAAGAAGAAAAACCAACAGGUGACCGAUGUACAGGACUUUCUUCUAAAAUGCAAGAUGCUCUGGAGGAGAACAGUGAGAGUGUUCUACGGAAACGUAUCCGAGAGGACAGAAAAGCCACCACGGCUCAGAAGGUGCAGCAGAUGAAACAGAGGCUAAAUGAGACUGAACGAAAAAGAAAAAGGUGGUUAUAUUGGCAACCUAUUAUCACUAAGAUGGGGUUUGUGUCAGUCAUUUUGGUUGGCGCUUUGGUUGGCUGGACACUGUUUUUUCAGCAAAAUGUCCUAUAAAUAAACAGUUAAUUUUGCCCAGCAAGCUUCUGCACUAGUAGCUGACAGUGCUGCAUUAAUCACAGGGAGUUUGUCUGUUAGCAGUGAACUCCUCAUACCCCACACGGUGCAGUAGGAUAGGCCUCAACCAUAAGAGAUACUUAGAGUCAGAAGGCCAACAUCUCAGGACUCUUCACUGCAGGUUCCUCUGAAACCCACACUGUAAACGGCUAUCCAAAAUAAAGACAUUCAUGUUUGUUCAAAACUGGUCCAUUUUGCAGCUGUAUUCCUACAUGUCAGACUUAAUAUUUCACCUGACCAACAUUGAGAGAUCCUUUAUCACAAGAAUUUGUUUUUGGAGGCUAUUUGGAUUUCAACCUGCACUUGAUACAAGCAAUAAAUAUUGUGGUUUUAUCUACGUUACUAAUGGAAAGAAAAUGACCUUUAAUUCAUGUGUGUAAUGUAUAAUGUACGAUUGACAUGGGCAUCAACACUUUAUAUUCUUAACCAUUUCAGGGUAAAUAUAUUUUAUAAGUACCUAUUUAAUCUUAAUUUUGUAGUUAAAUGUACUUUUUAAAACCUCAACUUGAAACCUGUUACCAUAAUAAAAUAAAUUGUAUGUUGAUUCAAUUGUACUGGACACAUUUUCCUAAAGAGAAGUUUUAUAUAAGCCGUUAGAGCUCUAAAUAAGCCAUUUCUACUACAUAUUUGCAUUUCCUUUAUGUUUUUCUAAUUUUCCCUAUGUUAAUCAGAAAAACGAACUUUUCUUAAAAGUAUCUUAGAAGGAAAAUUAUCCUUCUGGGUUAGUCAGGUAACAGUUGGUCAAAACUUUGUAAAGAAAUUGGUUCUGUAAAGCCCCUUACUAAUAAGACUGUUCAUUUUCCGUGAAGAUUUCAAUGUAACUACCCUAACUUAUAAUUGGGGUAAAUUGGGAUUUAGGAAGUAAGUAAGGUAGCAACAUUUUAUGAUAAAUGAUUUCCAUUUACUAGACUGAAGUGUUGAGGUAAAGUUUUUUCAAGUUAUUUCUACUUCAGUGCAUAGCCUCUGAUGUGCAAACCCUCCAUUGUCCCUUUCACUUCUGAAUUGAAUGUUUUUAAAGCAUAUUGUUUAAUGAAUCUAACUGCUCGUUUGAGUGCUAGUUUUCCUCGCAUCCCAACAUUCCAUUCAAUGUUUGACUUAAACUUUAAGCAGUUGUUAUGAAUUUAAUUGCUAAGAGGCAUAGACAGUAUCCGUCAUUUCAGUGGUUUUCAAACUCUGCUCACUGGGUUUCUGCGAGGGGCACCAGGCGAUGGCAGAAGGACUCCGACCUUCUCUUCAACCACAGCAUCUCUGCAGUGCUUCUCACACCACAUGGGAUUUCUGCGUAGUGCUCAGGUGUUCUCUACAGAGCAGUUGUCGUUUGAAAGCAGUUUGAAAACCAUUGGUAUAUAUAUUUCGAAUUGAUUUCAAUGUGUUAACUUAUACUGCAAGUAUGAAAGCAGGAUGUAGGUGGUACUACACAUUAAAUAAGAUUGAUAUAACAAGUGCCUGUGUCCUGAUUCAGUGUUACUGUGUCCUGUAACCUUGAAAUGGAGAGGAGGUAAGAGGGCCAUUUUCUUACAUCUGUCUGCAUUAAACCUGUGUUCAGGCAUCAAGGCCCUUUGGCUUUAGGGGUGUUACUGGUCUAAAAUCUUUCAUUCCACUUUGCAUCGGUUUAUCUUGCUAAAAUACUGUGUGUUAACUCUGCAAGUCAAACAUGGGUAGGCCUUAAACUCCCAGUGAAAAAGGCUGUGCUGGAAACAAAAAGGUAAAGCGUUCUUACAGGAAACACACUGAUAAGGUUGUCCCUGACCCCUUUGCUGGGUGAAUGUGCUUUGUGGGAUUCACCAUUUCAGCUUUGCUUGUUGUCUGCUUCUGUCCUUCCUGGUGCUGUUUGUUGUGAUAUAUUUUAAAAGCCACGUUCAGUGUAGUAAACACUUGUUGGUGAGCUGCCGCAGAGGUCAGUCAUCUUCCCAUUUCCGGCAGAUCCUUGAGGAUGGUGUGGACUGUGGAAGCUUUAAAGAAUAUUCAGUUUUUACCAGUGGUAAUAUUUGGGUAGGUACCAUCUACUAAUUAUUGAAGAUAUGUGACAGUAGGUUGUGGUGCGCACAGCUGUCAUCCUGACCCUUGUUAAAUGAGGUAUUCCAGUCAGGGAGAUGGACACGGUCGUGGCCUCUGCUCCUGCCCUCUCUGGGAACUGCUGGAGGAAGACAAUUAGAUAAAGAACCUUGAUAGUUUUGUGUCUUUAAAAGAAACUGUAUGUCCUUUAGGUCUCCAUAAUACUUUGUAAUUUUAAAAAGCUUUUAUAGACAGUUGUAUUUUGACUUAUCAGAUGGUAUUGCUUCUUCAAUAGGUUAAGGAGGAAAAAAAGAUUCUCUAACAAGUUUUUUGUUUUUUUGUUGUUGUUUGUUUUUUUUUUAAACUACUAAAGAUUGAGCAAGGGGAAAGGAAGUGGAAAAAGAAAACCCUUGUUAGUCAUUUUCUUUCAAAGAAGCUCUGCUAAACAAGCAUGUUGGCGGAAGGGUUCUGGUUCCUAAGUGACUUAACCCCUGUGUCAGAAUUGAUGAUAUAGGACAACCAACAUGGAGUUCAAAAACAGGUUAGGACAAAGAACAGUCCUCAGGUUUUUUCUCAGUUCCCUCUGCUUUCAGCAUUAAUUCACAGUGCUGGUGGCUCUCACGUAUUGGUCGUUUACUAGGUGCCAAGCACCGAGCUAAGCACGUUUCCUAUACUAUCCUAUCUAAUUCUCACCACCAACUUAGGAGGUAGGUGUUAUUACUAAGCCAUAAUCAUCCUGAGACUUGACGCUUUUACUUUUGUGGUGCUGUCAUUGAAACAUCUCAUGUGAUAUAUUUUAGAAUUAGGUAAUUUCUCUCUUAGGGAAAUAUCCUGUACUUAAUGAGUAUCUACGUUUCCAAAUUGCCUGCCUGAUUUUUGUACAUGUUGGAAAAUCUAGUCCAUUUUGAUUUUUACUUUCAGAUACAAUCUUAGUGUUUUUAUGCAGUCUAUUAGAAAACUGAAUACUGUUUUAUGUGUGUGUGUGUGUGUGUAUUUAUGUAGAGAGAGAGAGGAGAGGAGAGACCAUUUCUUUCUGUGUUCAGGCCUUUCUGUAAAUACUGAUGUAUUUUUUUCUUCUACCCAUGGGUUCUCAGUGAGUAAAGAAUGUUCUGCAAGGGUGUUGCCUUUCAGUCCGUUGCACACCCUCCAGGGAUGGAGUCUGGCUGUCCUACAUCCCACUGUACCUGACACCUCUCUUCACAGCUUGGAACCGAGUGCAUAGCAAAAAUGGUUGUUGUGCAUUCUCAGUUAUAUAUCAACAGUUAAUAAAGUCUCCUUUACUCUUUUUAUUUAGUUAGUUUUUUUGAUUUAAAAAGGUUUAUUAUUAGAGUCAAAGACCUCCAGCUAGAGCAGCAUGGAGGGGGUCCUUUACUGUUAAGAAGCCCUUAUUUGACUUUGAUAUCUUGUUGUUUUAUUUUAUUUUAUUUUUAAGAUUUAGUUUUUCACUUAUUUGACAGAGUUUAUUUAUUUGAUAGAGAGAGGAGAGACAGCUAGAGAGAGAUCUUCCAUCUGCUGGUUCACUCCCCAGAUGGCUGCAGUGGCCAAGGUUGGGCCAGGCCUAAGCAAGGAUUGCAGAGUUCCGGGUGCAGGGGCCUAAGGACUUCUGCUUCUUUCUCAAGCACAUUUCACAGUGGAGCAGCUGGGCCUCAAACUGGAGCCCAUACUGGGAGGUGGAGGCUUAAUCUGCUAAAACAAUGCCAGCCCCUAUUUUUUUGUGAUUUUUUUUUUUUUAAGACUUAAAAUUUGAUUUGUUUGAAAGGGAAAGACAAAGAUCAAUUUUCCAUCUGUUCUGGUUCACUCCCCAAAUGGCCAGAACCAUGGGGCUGGGUUAGGCCAAGAUCAGGAACAAGGAGCUUUAUCCAGGCCUCCAACCUGUGUGGCAGAGCCCCCAAACACUUGGGCCAUCUUCCGCUACUUUUCCCAAGCCAUUAGCAGAGAUUAGAAUCGGAAAUGGAGCAGCUGGACAUGCACCGGUGCCCAUAUGGGAUGCCAGCACUGCAGACAGUGGCUUGAAAAAGGCAUUGAAUCUUAUAAAUAAAGUAGAAAUAUAAUCUUUUGCUGCAUAAUAGAAGUAUAUCUUCAUGACUUAAAAUAUAGGUCUUGGUUAUAGCCUCAACGAUUUCCUAUGGAGUUGACAUGUAUUGUUCACCUUUCCCUCAGUUGGGUUUGCUUGGUUUGUUCUAAUGCCCGUCUUCUAAGCAGUGUUUCUGGGAUGACAGCGCCAAGAGACGCACACAGUGGGUUUACCAGACACUGCAGCUUCCCUUGCUCUGCUGAGUCUAUGUACGAGGUUGCGUGCCUUGGUGGAAAGGAGUUCAGAUUGUGUCAGCUCUGCAGUUCCCAUUUCAGACAUUGCACACUUAAUGCCGUGCCCCAUGUGCCUAGCCUGACAGAGCCAUUUCGUGUUCAUCCUGCUUUGGGAAUUGAAGCUUUUUCACUCUUUCUUGGGUGAUGCACUGAAGGAAAAAAAAAUCUAGGGAAAUAGUGUGUUUUGGGUUAUCUCAUUUUUGCUUUAGCAGCAGGGAUUUUUCUGAAUAUUGCGCACACUCAGAUUGCUCCAAGAAUAACCAUGAGCAGUCUGCUCUCUCGAUUCUUCAGGGGAGCAGUUACCUCCUUUGAUUCCCGCGUUCAGAAAGACUCACUGUCUUUAGGAAGCAUUUGUUCUUCACUGUCACUGCUGAUCCUUUCCCGUGUCUGCUCAUCUCGGACAAGAGCCAUGGCAUUAAGUGGUAUGAGAAACUUUCACUGGGCUUGAAUGAAUGUGUCUUUCUUGAUUUUAUUUUAUUUUAAAGUUUAUUUGAAAGAGUUAGAGAGAGGUCCUCCAUUCACUGGUUCACUCCAUAUAUGGCCACAAAGGCCAAGGCUGGACCAGACAGAAGCCAGGAGCUUCUUCUGGGUCUCCCACAUGGGUGGCAGGGACCCAGGCAUUUGAGCCACCUUCCUUUGCUUUUCCUAGCCCAUUAGGGAGCUAGCUCGGAAGCGGACCAAGCAGGACCCACUAAACUACAGCGCUGGCCCCAGAUGGCUUUGUCUUUAGCAGUAGAAACCUAACACAAGAACAUGUUAGAGCCCUGAGCAUGAGAGAAUGAGAAGUUCAGUCUUUUGAACUCUUUAUGUUUUCAGGUUUUUAAUUUAGAGUAUGGAAUUAUUGGAUUCAGGUAGGAUACUACUUAGAGUCUGCCCAGUGUUAUCUGGUCUUACACAGCAGAUUUGGGGGAGCUGCAAGGACAAUUGCACUGGAUUUUUUUCCCCUUUAUAGAGAACAGGCAUCGGGUUGUCUUCGUUGUUGCCCUCAUCAGGCAUAGACUGUUGAGACACGUGAUGCUCUUGCUCUUGGUUACACAUCACUGUAAGAACCUUUCAGCAUUUUGAGUUUGGUGUCUUGAGGAAGUUAUCUUUUCAACAGUGCUUCUCUAACAUGGGCUAAAGAAGUCUGUGGAUAGCCUUGAUUCAUUUCCAUAGAAUAUUGAUGUGCAUGUCUGUGGGUCAGAGUGACUGUAGGUGCAGGGUGACGUCCCACCUGCCAGGUGGGGCUGGCAUUUGAGGGGGAAGGUUCUAUGUAUCUGGCCUUGCUCUGGUGCAGUGAGAGAACAGUUUGGCAGUGUGCAGGGUCACCUUCUCCAAAGAUGGCAUGGCUAAUUUCCUUUGAACUCAUUUUACUUUUAUCUUAUUCUGUAAGACAGCAAAAAGUGAUUCAAGUAAACAUAUUAGCAUUUUCUAAGAUGAAGCUCAUUUGUCUUUCAGUCUGGCAAAUAGUCUUAAAGCAGUUAACCCUCCAAUGAUUUCAUCUUCUGUUUACAUAGAAAUAAUCAGAGUUUUAAAACUCACUUUUCAUUGUUAUGAUAAAAGAUGGUUCAUUCUUGGUAAGUGUAUCUUUAACAAACUAAUUGGGAAGGACAACCGUGUGUGUUGAACAUAUACAACUCUGCCAACCAGUUAAAAUGUGGAAGCGAAACCUAAUCCACAAAACACCUCUUCCAGGUAGAUAUCACUAUCCCUAAUUUCAGAUAAGAAAACAGAGUCAAAGAAAAGUGACUUGCCCGCGGCUGCCCUGUGAAUACAGGGCAGAGCUGUGAAUCAGCCCCCGUCUGUGGAGGUCCAGUGACUCCACACCACCCACCUUCCCUUCAUGUCACACUGACUAUGUUUUCAUGGAAUAGUGAAGCCAGAUAUUUAACAAGACAAUGCAGACAACCACUCUUACCUGUUAAAAUCCAAACUAACCCUCUUUUUUGUCUUUUAAUUUUUAUUUAUUUACUAGAGAGACAGAAAGAGCUCCCAUUUACUGCUUCGCUCCCUAAAUGCCUGCAACAGAUUGGGGAACUGAAGCCACGAGCCGGGAACUCAUCCAGGUCUCCCACAUAGGUGGCAGGGAUGCAGCUGCUUGAGCCAUCAUUACCAGGGCGUGCCUUAGUAGGAAGCUGGACUCAGGGGCAGAGCCAGGUAUUGAAUCUAGGCGCGCUGAUACAGAAUGCAGGCUUCCGAACCAGAGUCUUUACCGCUAGGCCAGAUAUUCACCCCCUCACUAAUUUUUUAAUGUGAAACAAAAAGCAGUUGAAUAAGAAAACUUUUGUGAAACAGUUGGCACUGCCUCUGAAGCAGAAGAAUUCUAGAACAUCAGAAUAGACUGUAAACCAAACCGUUAAUAUGAUUCACUCUCGCUGGUCAGAUUUCGUUCCUUUGUUUUAAAGAGCAGGCCUCUGCGUACAUGGGAAAUAAGUGUGUAUUUUGUAGCAGUCAGAAUCUCCAAGUGCCUGUGCUUGCAUCGGCCACUUUGGUUCAGGUCUGGAGAUCUCUGUAAUCGUGUCCGUGGUGGGGUUUGUGGCUCAGGCUUCUCGUGAGAGUGCUUUCCUGAUGACCUGGCAUUUCUCCCUCUGUUUUGGAAAAUCAGGGGGAAAAAAUGGACUGUUCCCAACAUCCCAGAAGAGCUUGGUACAAUUAUGCUUUCCUAGAGGAAGGAGCCAAUGGGCAGAAAGAAACCCAGUCCUCAGCAGGAGAGGGUUUUCCAGUAAAUGCUGUGGCUAAAUCUGUGAUGUGGUCUGCAUUUCCUGUUAUGUAUGUGGAGCUACAGUAGUGAAAAGUAUUUAGACUUGGAUUUCUUGGUGGUAGCAAGGGGCAUUGGUGGAUGAAUGGAAAUACCAUUGACCUCCCAGAAAAUGCAGUUAUUUGCAAAUAUUGUGAAAUGGCAUUAAAAACUGUGCUUGCAACAGUCCUUCCUUCUGUCUAUUGCUUGUUUUAACACUCACUUAUUUUUACCUUUUGGCAUUAAAAUGCAAUAAAUCUGUCAAUUAUUGUAUGUCUGUGUUUUCUUUUAUAUCAAUAGUAACUUAAGUAUCGUGUCUCUGCAGUUCUGUAGCUGUAAUCAUUAGUAUUAUCCUUCAGGACAAAAAACAUCUGCUAACAAUCUGUGAUUUAAAGCUAAGCCAACUUUAUGUUCAGACAUUACGCUGAUAAUAUUUUUAGCAGUGUUAUACAGUGGAGGUCCAAAUUGGAUUAGACUUUUGCAUUGAAUUCCAAAGUGUUGGUAAGUCUAGCACAUACCAUACAGUCUUGCUAAAUUCUUGUGGAUAUCUUUUUUUUUUAACCUGUCUGUCUGUCAGUAUCUCACAUAGAGGUCAUUUCUUGAAUAAAACAGGAUGGCCUGAAAAUUCAUAGUUAGCAAUUCCUGAAGAAGAAUAUGAGUUACACUGGCUUUAGCAUGAGUCUACUUCAUAUCACCAGUUCUACUGGAAAAAUCAAGGACUUGAGCAUAUUUAUAUCAAGUGAAGCCCUUAUGUGUGGUUGAAUGUGAUAUGUUGGAAUGAUUUUUGGUUGCCUUUUUAGUUCAUUGUCAGUCCUUUCAUGUUUGUGGUGUGUCUAUGUACGUCUGUGUGUUUGGUAAAUAUGAAUUGAAUAGAUGACUUCUUAUUUUAUG